AUGGCACUUAGUAUGAAGAAGAUCAAGCUGCUUCAUUUUCUAACCUUUGUUCUCCAUCUAUGGCUUGAGCUCACAUGCAGCUGCAUAGAAACAGAGAAGCAAGCUCUCCUCAAGUUCAAAAACAGCCUCAAAGAUCCUGGAAAGCUUCUAUCUUCCUGGACUGGUGAUGACUGUUGUUCAUGGAAAGGUCUGGCAUGCAACAACCAAACAGGCAAUAUUAUCUCACUGGACAUUAGCUAUGGUCAUAUUCAUUCUGGUCCUAACAAUGAAUGGCAAUUGGGUGGAAAAAUUGAUGCUUGUUUGGUUGAGCUGAAGCACUUGAGCUACUUGGACUUGAGUUCCAAUGAUUUUGGAGGUUCCCAGAUCCCAGAUUUCAUUGGUUCAAUCACUACUCUGACUUAUCUCAACUUGUCCAAUGCCGGAUUCCACGGAGAGAUUCCUUCUCAGCUUGGGAACCUUACAAACUUGAGGUAUCUUGAUCUGAAUUCAUUCGAUUCUCUCUAUGAUUUGCGUGCAGGUGGUGUCCAUUGGAUGUCUUCUCUUUCUGGUUUGCAGUAUCUUGACAUGAGUAGAGUGAACCUCGCCAAUGCUGUUGAUGUGUUUGAUGCAUUGACUAUGCUAUCUUCACUCUCUGUUGUUGUCUUACCUAACUGCCAAAUCCAGAGAACUCCUGCUUCUUUACCUUCUGUUAGUAAUUUCACAUCUCUUGCAACUAUUGUUCUUGAUGGCAAUCAAAUCAAUGCCACUUUUCCUUCUUGGGUUUUCAAAAUCAGCAGUCUUAAAAAUGUUUAUCUUCGCUUCAAUAGUUUUCAUGGUGUGAUUCCUGAUUCUUUUGAACAACUGGUAUCUCUUGAGGCACUUGAGCUUGGAGGGAAUUCUUUUUCUGGGAUUAUUCCUGGAAGUAUGAGAAGUCUUUGCAGUUUGCACACUCUAGGCCUCUUUACAAAUAAGAUUGAAGGUGAGACAACCGCACUAGCAGAAAUCCUCUCUGGGUGCGUCAGUGAGAGCAUUCAGGUGCUGAACUUGAGAGGUAAUAAAUUUAGAGGUGAUUUAUCAGAUUGGAUAGGAACACUGAGAAGAAUAACUAUGAUUGAUUUGAGCAAGAACUUGCUCUAUGGCUCAAUUCCUGCUGCACUGGGGAAGCUCUCAACACUCACAUACCUUUAUCUCAAUCACAAUGAAUUCAACGGUUCUCUUCCAGAAAGCAUUAGGGAACUAUCUCAGCUGCAAGUGUUUGACAUGUCUUUCAAUCAGAUUGAAGGUGUUGUCUCUGAAGCUCAUUUUGCCAACCUCACAAGCUUGAAACAAUUGAGCAUGGCUUCAAACUCUCUGACAUUGAAUAUGAGCUCUGAAUGGAUUCCUCCAUUUAAGCUAGAAGUUUUCAGUUUUAGGUCUUGCAUGUUAGGACCUAAGUUUCCUGCAUGGCUGAGAACACAGAGAAACUACUCACUCAUGGACUUGUCAAGCACUGGAAUUUCCGACACCAUGCCUGACUGGUUUUGGACACUUACUGGUCAUAUUGUCAUUUUGGACCUCUCGGAUAACUUGAUCACUGGCAUUGUCCCAUCUUCCUUGAAGUUUAUCAUCAUUAAUGUCAUAAAUCUGAGUUCCAAUAGAUUCUAUGGUGCAUUGCCUCCCUUUUCUCCCAAUAUUGAAUACAUCGACUUCUCCAACAAUUUGUUUUCAGGUACUCUUCUCCCAAUCACCAGUGAAUAUUUACCACUUUUAGGUGAACUGCAUCUCUCCAAUAAUCUCAUCAAUGGGACAAUUCUCGCAUCAAUUUGUAAUUUUGCUGGGAUGCAAGUUAUUGAUUUGUCUAGCAACAGACUCUUUGGUCAAGUUCCUGCAUGUUUUCCAGAUUUAGUGGCUCUCAUGGUGAUCAAUCUGGAAAACAAUAAUUUAUCGGGAGAAAUCCCUGACAAACUGGAUUCUUUUAGUUUGCUUCAGGCAUUGCAUCUGGGAGACAACAGCAUCUCCGGGAGAAUACCGACAUCUUUAAGAGCUUGCAAGUCCUUAUUGAUCAUUGAUCUUGGAGGCAACAAACUGUCUGGUAACAUACCGUCAUGGAUUGGAGAAGCAUUGCCAUCACUGAGAAUUCUUCGGCUCCGGGCAAACAUGUUCGUAGGCCACAUUCCUGAAAAACUUUCUUAUCUAACCGCUCUUCAAAUUCUCGACCUCGGAGAUAACAACCUGUCAGGUACUAUACCUGAGAGCUUUGGCAAUUUCAGCGCAAUGGUGGAGAUUCAUAAGGAGCGAAAGAACAUAUUGGAUAGUGUUCUAGGAGCAGCUUUUAGCAGCAUUGGGAAUUAUGUUCCUUUGGGAUACAUAGAGAGUUUGCAAGUCAUCACAAAAGGGAUGGAAAUGGAGUACACUAAGAAUCUUCAGUUUGUCACAAGCAUGGACUUAUCAGACAACCAAAUUUCUGGACACAUUCCGGCAGGACUUGGAAAACUUUCUGGAUUGCAGAGCUUGAAUUUAUCUGGCAAUCAUUUGUCAGGCAACAUCCCAGUUGACAUCGGGAAUCUUCGGUUUCUGGAAUCUCUUGAUUUGUCAAGAAAUGAGCUUUUCAGGUGCAAUUCCUACAAGUAUGUCUGCCAUGACUUCUUUUAA